UUGAAAGCCAGAGGAAGUGUAAUUUAUUUAUAAACAAAUCUUUUUUGAUAAUUUUAUUUGUUUACAUUGGAAAUAAUGUAAAUUAAUUCUUGAAGGUGACAAUUAAGAGUACGGUCGACAGAUUAUUGAAGUAUGACGUUAUUAACGGCCAAUAAAACACCAGGAAGAACUCCGAGUUGCCAUGGCAAUAAUCAAGGUGGUGACCAAUCUAGUAAUGUUAAAGUUGUUGUUAGAAUUCGACCAGAGAAUGCACUGGAACAUUCAUCAGGGGCAUCACGAAUUGUAGUUAAAGCUAUGAAUGAACAUGUUUUAGUUUUUGAUCCAAUGAAAGAAGAGCAUCAUACGCCAGGCUACAGAAAGAGAAAAAAUCGUGAUUUAACGCAGAGAGCGAGAAAAGAUCUACGCUUUGCUUUUGAUUAUGUUUUUGGUCCCCAUACAUCGAAUCAAACAGUUUAUGAACAUACAACUAAAACUAUUCUAGAAGGUUUUCUCAAUGGAUAUAAUUGUUCAGUGUUUGCGUACGGAGCUACAGGAGCAGGAAAGACUCAUACUAUGUUAGGUAGUGAGAAUAAACCAGGUGUCAUGUAUCUAACUAUGAUAGAUCUAUACGAGAGAAUUGCAGCCAUACAGGAAGAGAAAUCGUGUGAAGUGGCUGUCUCAUAUCUAGAGGUUUAUAAUGAACAGAUACGUGAUUUACUGAAACCACAAGCUCCGUUACCAAUCCGUGAAGAUUCCUGCAGUGGUGUUGUCAUAUCUGGUUUAUCAUUACAUAAGCCAAAAUCAGCUGAUGAAUUGUUGAAGAUGUUACAAUAUGGUAAUCAGAAUCGUUCACAACAUCCAACUGAUGCUAAUGCAGAAUCUUCUCGAUCUCAUGCAGUAUUUCAGGUUUUUGUAAAACAGAAAGAUAGAACAGCCAACAUAUCAGCAGAAGUUAAAGUAGCCAAGAUGUGUUUGGUGGAUUUAGCCGGAUCUGAGAGAGCAACGGUAACCACUAAUCGUGGGGUACGAUUCCGUGAAGGAGCAAAUAUCAAUAAAUCUCUUCUAGCUCUUGGUAAUGUCAUCAAUGCUCUCGCAGAUAAUAAGAGUAAAGGCCAUAUACCAUAUAGAGACAGUAAAUUAACACGUAUAUUAAAAGAUUCAUUGGGUGGUAAUUGUAGAACUGUUAUGAUAGCAGCUGUCAGUCCAUCCAGUAUGUCUUAUGAUGAUACUUAUAAUACAUUGAAAUAUGCUGAUAGAGCUAAAAAUAUCCGAGCUACAUUAAAGAAGAAUAUAUUAAACGUUGAUUUUCAUGUCAGUCGUUACGGUCAAAUUGUUGAAGAUCUUAGAAAAGAGAUAAUUGAAUUAAAGAGUAAAAUUGCUUUAUAUGAAGAGGGUAAAAUAACAUCCACUAAAAAUAAUUUAAAUCAAGAAGUAGUCAGGUUACAAGAUGUCCUACAUAAUUUAUUUACCACACGACUAGCUGUACGUAAAGAGUUUCUAGAUGCCGAGGCCGGUAAGCGAGAUAUCGCGUGGAAGAUUUAUAAGAAAGAAAAGGUGAUGAACAGAUUAAAUAUUCUGGCAGGCGAGGAUCAGGUUUGUGAUAAUCUACAGAAAACUGUAACUAAACACAAGAAUCGUCUGGUUAAUCUAGACAGACAUGUAGAAUUAGCCAGUGGUAAAUACAAUGAGAAUUGUGCCUGGUUAGAUCGUGUCACAACAGAGAUGAAACUGGCUGGUGGUGACAGUAAAAUCAUACCCGAGAUGUUGGAGAUCAGUUUACGAAUGCAUCAACUUGAAGUGGAACUCAGUGACGCCAGACAUCAUUCAAAAUACCUGAAAAAACUCAUCAAAAACCAGGAGAAAAACACAGACGCAAGCGACAAGUUAAUAAACCAACUUCUAAAACUAGUGAAAAAACAACAUUAUACAAUCAAAGGUCACAACCUUUUGACCUCUGACCUGCAGCAAGAGUAUGACCAUGUGAAAGAAGAAAUUGACCAACCAGAAGUAUCAUGGGCUGAUGAAACAGUUGCAUCAGAUACAACAAUCGAUCAGUUUAAAAUAACGGAUAUUAUAAAUCUACCCGUUAUAAAUAUGAUCUCACUAAAAGGUUCAACACCAAGUCGUGUUAGAAACCGUCGAAGAUCAUCAAAUAUACAAAAACAUCCAGACGCCACCAUAACAAAAUCUGAUGUUAGUGAAAAUAAAACAGUUGGCAAGGAAACGAUCCAAGCACAGAGAGUACCAUGUGAUAAUAACAGCCAAUCAGCAGCCAGAAACCAAGAGACAGAUCAGACUAAACUUACUCCAUCCCGUGUUUUAAUAAACAGUAACGUUCAACAGAUGCCUGAUCGUAAAAAGGACGAAACUUUUACAUUAAAUAAACCCCCAUCUUUAACUUCUAGUCAGACGACCUCGUGUUUACGACGAGCUGUUCUCAGUGCUAAUAUGUUUAAUCAGAAACCAGUCCACAGUGAAAAAAAUAAAAAACAACCUCAAAAUACUUCAACAACCAAUGAAAUCACUCCUAACGUAAUUAGAUCUUAUUCGGCACGAGAUGAACGACCCAUAACCCCGAAACCAUCCUACGACUUUACAUCCGCGAAUGUAGUGACGUCUUAUUCCGCGAGAGAUGAACGUCCAGUCACACCCAAAUCAUCGUAUAAUUUGACGAACUCGUUGGACGGUGAAAAAUCUUCGACAACAAAUAAAAUAAGAAACACAAAUAUUGAAAGAGAUGAGGAACUUUCCAGCAGCGAAAAUUCGACGCCAAAUUAUUGUUCUCCAGACCUAGUUAAAUCUUCUUACAAGGCCCGAGAUCAACGCCCAAUUACACCGAAAUUGUCUUACGACUUUUCGUCUGCGAAAGAUACGAAUAAUGUAUCAGCCUACGCAGCUCGAGAAGCACGUCCUAUAACACCUAAAGCUUCUUAUGACUUUAUGUCUGCGAAGGACACGAACAAUGUGUCUGCCUACGCAGCUCGAGAAGAACGUCCUAUAACACCUAAAGCUUCUUAUGACUUUAUGUCUGCGAAAGAUAUUUGUGACAACCCAAGUUCGAAUCUCAAUUCAACUUACGUUAAACCCGGUGAAAAUCACACAGAUCCAUCCCUUGAACAAACUUAUGUCAAGUCAGGAUCAUCCAGUGUUCAGGAUGAAACGGUAAUAUUAUCCAGCCCACGUGUUUUAAAAGAGAACAAUAUAAACUCGACGACGGUCAAUAAAACAACGUCUAUAAAUAAUGCAACUGUUACCAAAGCAGCACCAACAACACAGCAAACGUCUGAUCAACCAAUCAGAAAGCCUGUAGCAAGAUCGAUUAAAUUUGAAUCAACACCACCUUCAGGUACAGGUAUGUCGUAUGCCGAUGUUGUUAAAUCACCAUCACCUGUUAGAACACCUUUACUUCAAAUAAACAACAAUACUAAACAAACAAACAGGUUGAAUAUUACUCCUCAGCAGCAGUAUAAAAUAAACCUUGAUACCUGUACACCCAACUAUAAACUAAGCAAUACAUGUAAAGAGAAUUUACAUAAACUUCGACAGAAUAUGGAGAAAUCAAGGUCUAAUACAAAAGGUAGCAGCACUAGAACCAGACCUAAUUAUAUGUCAAUGACGAAAUCGAUAAGAAAUCGACUCCAGUUUAAAGAUGAUGAUCCCAUGACAGCUAGACGAGUUCCUGUUACAUCUAAAUAUUCAUUAAACAGGGGAAUGUCGAAGAGUAAAUCAACGUCACAUUUGUCUCGAAAUGGCUGGCAGUUCUAGUCUAUAUUUAUUUAUCCAGUCGUUUUUAUCCACAUUAAUACUCAAUAAAAAUACAUAAAUAAUUUUUAUAAUCUAAAAUCAUGUAGAAAAGUUGAAAAUAUUUGAAUAAUUAAUUUAAUGACUAUAUUAACCUCUAGUGCUAUCUGUAUAAGGUUUUUUUAUAUCAUAUUUUUAUUCUUUUCUAUGUUUGGCAAGUAUCAUGAGCCUCGUAUAAAUAUAUGUGCAUGGAAAUUCUCUCAUCAGAAUUAAAUCAAAAUAAAUUUUGUUCCUUUGGCACUAAGUUUAUCCUGCGUAAAAUCAUUUCUAGAAUGUUUGGCGAUUAUCACGAGCCUCCUAUUAGUGUAUGUACAUGGAAAUACCCUUAUUAAAAUCAAAUCGAAAUAAAGUUUGCUCUUUUGGCACCAAGUUUAUCCUGGUAAAAUCACUUCUAGAAGUCAUAUAAUGUUUACAAAACUAAUAUAUUUCUGUAUAUUUUGGCACCCAGUUUAUCCUGCGUAAAAUCAUUGCUAGAAGUGUAUAAUGUUUACAAAAUGAAUAUAGAUUAUUCCCGACAUUUUGCUAUUUAUUUAUAUAUUCUUUUAAUUAUGUUGCAUAAUCCAAGUUGUGAUUUUUAUUAAAUUAUGUUUAUUUUUCUCUCAUAAUCCUACAUAUUGGUCAGUUGGAUAAACAUUUACAGUAUGUCAUAUGUUAGUCCCGAAAUAACAUAGCUAUAUUCCUCCAACAGCUAAAGACCCCUUCGUGCAAGCUAAUAAUUGAAAUAAAAUCAAACCAUGUUAGUCCUGAAAUGAUUUAUUUGUGUCGAGUGGACAUUAAACCCCAUUUCUCUCUCUCUCUCUAAAUGCUGAUGCUCAAAAUAAAAUAAUUACAUUCCUAUUGCUGUUACAUCCACGAUGUCCACUGUGGUUGAGUGUUGGGAUGAGGAAGUCAUGAGGUUUGUCAUCAAUCCAUUUAUCGUGUUUAUGAAUCGUUAUGUUCGAUAUAGACCCGCUUUGAACCGUUAUGUUCGAUAUAGACCAGCUUUAAACCGUUAUGUUCGAUAUAGACCAGCUUUGAACUGUUAUGUUCAGUAUAGACCCGCUUUGAACUGUUAUGUUCGAUAUAGACUGGCUUCAAACUGUUAUGUUUUCGAUAUAGACCAGCUUCAAACUGUUAUGUUCGAUAAAGCCUGGCUUUGAACCGUUCUGUUCAAUACAGAUUGGUCGUUGUUAGCAUGUAAUUGUUUCAUUGUAUUUCAUCUUUUAUCAUUGUUUGUACAUAAUGAAUGGUUUCAUCAUGUUCAUCAUCAAGCCUAGACAUAAGACACCUGUCACCGAUAUUGCCAUACACAAAUUAUCACACGACUACAACACAUAUUACAUUAAAAUACAGAUGUGACAGAAUCCUUUGAUGUUGGUGUACAAUUAUUUCAAAUAAUGAUACGGGCAAUGUGCCGAGCAUACAUUAUUUAUACUAGUUGAAAUAUUGGACCGGCAUGACGUAUUUCAUUGCAAUGCACGUGCUGGAUAGUGUCUGUAUUUUGUAUUUUAAGUUGUUUAAUGGUUUUAUGCAAGACAUUGUGUAAUAUAUAGAUAUAUCCCUCGUGCUAAACGCACUCGUACAAUAUCAAUAUAUUACUUAAUGUCUCGCACUCGACCAUUAAAGGACAAUAUUGGUGUCAGUCAUUAUCACAUAUGUGAUAGAACAAAUUAAACACGUUCCAAAUAUAAUUUUAACACAGAGAUCAUCACUUCCGAUUCAGGAAACCUGUAUUACUCAGCUAUCGUAGCAAUGAUCUCUGUGUUAAAAUUAUAUUUGGAAUGUUUAACCAGCUCUAUAUCACAUAUGUGACAAUGACUGGCA